UGCCAGCGCCUAUAGCAGUACCCAGGAGACGGGAAACAACUGCCAGCCUUUCACCAUCUUAGCUGCCCGCGUGUCACCAACUCUUGGCUGUGAGGACACUGGAGAGUUUCCCUGCUGACCCCCACAGCUGUGGCCUGUCUUCAGAAGAACCAUGAGGGUGUCUGAUCUCCUUCCCCUGGCCUGCAUGUGUGUGGUCCUGCUCUGGGGCCACAGGGGAGGUGCCACACCCCUGCCGUUCAACAUGUCCGCAGAAGGCAGCGGGGAGGGCGAGCCAGAAAUCCUGGACCCUGCAGCCUACACCACCCACAGCCCAGUCCUGAUAUCCACUACAGCCAGGGUCACCACAGUCACCCGCAUUAAGCACUUUAUUUUCCACCAGGUGGUGGACUUCCUGCGAGAAAACCUGCUCCUGAUCAUCGUCGUCUCCUCGCUGGUCAUUGUCCUCAUCUUCAUUGUCUGCUGUGCCUCUGUUAUGAGCCACAAGCGCAAGCUCACUGCCUACUACCCAUCCUCCUUCCCCACAAAGAAGUACGUGGACCAGAAGGACAAGUCGGGCGGUGCCAGGACGUUCAGUGACGUUCAUGGAAAGCCUCCGAACUCCCAGCAGCCAGAAGCAGGCGAUCCCUCCAGGCCCUUCCAAACAGCUGACCAGGUGGUCACCAAGAACCUGAGGACGCCCUCGAAGGCUUUGGUGGGAGACAAGGGUAAGGAGACCUCACCGAGGCCCUGUGAUGUGGAGAACAAGCAGGAGGAGACCAUCAAAGAGGAACGAAGGCCGGUGGAGAACAUGGUGGCAAAUGGAAACAAGGGAGCUCAGGCCCAAGGCCUGGUGUGUCUGUGCCACCUGAGAAAGGGCAAUCCUCCAAGCAGUUCCCAGAAUUCACCUGGAAUGGAGGGCAGGGUGGCCCAGUCUGAUGCAAAUCCAACCACAUCCAAGGUCCAAGGAAUCAUAGUGGACUAGCCAUGUA